AAGAAUCAUAUCAUGCGACCCACAUGCCUAUCCUACUACUUUUGGAAAUGUGUCACGAAUGUUUGUGCCAUUGCAUUCUAUGCACUACCUUUGGCACUGCUUUGACUUGAGUCACCUGAUUGCUUGACCUUUUCCCUCACAUACCUCACUACUCCAAAGCCAGGAGUUUGAGACAAUCAGCAGCUCAAUUGUAAUACACUUUCGCAUUGCCAAAAGACCUCUCAUCAUGACAGACUGGAAGGACGCCGAGUACACUCUCUACUCCUCCCCCUUCUCUCUCUACUCAAUGAUGGCCCGUCACACCAUCCAGCUUGGCCCAACGACCCAUGGUGCAACACCACCUAAAAGCAUCACUCUAUACUUCAUCAACCAUAAGGCCCAUGAGAACCUUAGCGAGGAUUACUUGAUCAAUGUCAACCCAAAAGGUCAAGUUCCGGCCAUGAAGGGCAACCUGCUCGAAGAGACUCUUACUGAGAGCCGUGCCAUCUCUCUUCAUCUCGCAGAGAAACACUACCCUGCCAUGCUGGGAGGCAAGAAUGAGAGCAUUGUCCGAGAUCUCUUUGAGAGGCUGCAUGCUGUCUACGGACUAUCAAUCAGCAACCCGAAACCGACAGCGGAAAUGACACAGCGAAAUCCGUCGCCAGUUGAAAAGAUACUCCAAAGGACUGAUAUCAGUCCUCAGUAUCGUGCCGCACUAGAAGCCAAACUUGCCUUUCACAACCAGCAUAACGCCAUUGCCUUCCAACCUGGUGUUGUAGCUAAGCAUCGCGCAGAUCUUAAGACGAUUUUUGAACAGGUCGUGGAGCACCGUAAACAGAGUGGCUCAUAUGAGGACCAUGACCAAUGGAUCUUUGGGUCAGACGUUGGACCGACUAUACUCGAUAGCCAUCUGCUCCCUUUUACCUUGCGAUGUCUGGAGGUAGGCAGUGAAGAUCUUGUGCCUCUGGAGUUGCAACGUUGGGCCAAGGCGAAGGAAAAGAGUCCUUCAUGGCAGAAAGUCAUGCAUGGAAAGCCGACGACGUAUCAUCCUUCAAUGGGCCCUGUUGCAGAGAUGUCUGAGAUGAUGACUCUUUGAUGGUGCCGCUAUGGUGCCGCUAGUCUCUUUAUGAUAAAUAUUUCAAUGUCCUGUCACAGGGUUCUUCGUUUUCGUGUUUCUCUAUCCGCUCUUGAAAACGGCAUAAUCUAUAAUUGUGAGGUAGACCUAUGACUAGUACGCAUGGCCGCUAUGCAAUAAUCGAGUAUUUAGGUCUUUUAAUUGUAUCGGUCUAUCCGUGCACUAAAACAAGCAUCUCAUCUAUAUCUCUUUCUUACUUCCUAUUGCGUAUCUUCAUAGAAGAAUAAAUCAAGCGCAGAAGUGUCUAUCAUGAACAAAUCAUCUAACAAAGGGUCUUGGGUAGAUCCUAGAAAACCUGUGCUGGGAUAGAAGUCGGUAGCUGCGGACUGCGGAUUCGAAAUC